AUGGUGGCAUUUGACGGGCCUCACAACGGAUGGCGAUCUAUCGUCCUGCCCAUGGCGUUGGAAGAUGAGCUGGUGAUGAAUGCAGUGCUCACGGUGGCCAGCUUCCAUUUCCAUGUAUAUUAUCAGCACAACGACCUUUCAAGAGAGUUGCCACUGGGGAACUAUGAACAAGCGGCGUCAUCAGCACAGCUAUAUGGAGUUGUCGUACGCGGACUCCGGCAGCGGCAGAAUCUACAGAGUUACGACCAACAAGCUCAGCUGUCGAUACUACUCACCAUUCUACUUCUCCUAGUGGUGGCUAUGGUUACAGGCAGUCCUGAUUUUCCUAUCAUGUUCAAGGCUUUACAAUCCGCCUUGACAGUCGUUGAAAGCUCUUGUAUAGGCCAAGGCGACCUUGCCGAGUUUAUCUCGCGCCAGUUCCAGAAGAUACGAGUAUAUGCUGCGCCAUUCAUGAGCGAGUCCGACGGGCUGCAAGUGCUGUCUUCGCAACACUGGAGCAUGGAGGUGCUAUCGUGCCUCAACUACUGCCAGUCGUGGCAGCCACAGCAUGCCUCUGCUGUCUCUAUCAUUACUGACCUUGUCCACCAAGCACACGACAUCUAUAUCAAUCAGGCACGAGACAUCCUCUCGACAGACACCAACGUCCCGGUGUUUGCAAUACCAGAUACCAUCGCUCGAAUCGACCGUUUCAAGCACACAAUGGAGCUCUUCCCCGAGGACUCCCCAGGCGAGCAGGUCUUGAUCUGGGCUUCCUUCCUAGCGGCCUCUGAUUGUGUUUUGGAUGAACACAGGACCUUCUUUACAGAACUGUUCCAGCGCUAUCACCAGCGCAGCGGAUUCAAGAACAUCCUCGGUGCGCUGCAACUGCUGCAGAAAAUAUGGAACCGGCCUGUUGAGGACCGGUGGACGAGAUUUCUUCCUCAGGAGAGAUUAUUUGUGAUGUAA